AUGAAUAAGAAAUAAAAUAUUCCACUUAUGAAUAUUUAACCUGAUACGUAUUUCUUAAUCUUAAUUAAUAGAGUACCAUUUUCUGAUGGAAAUGCCUUAAAAUAUUGGAGAAGUUUUCGUCAUGCCAUUACUACAAUUAGAUUACUACAAAAUCCAAAAACUUAGAAAUUGAACUCUCCAGUAAUUAUAAAUAUUUUAAUCCAAGGAUGAACUAACUAUUAGUGGUUACAAAUCUGUAAAUAAAACAAAACAUAGAUCAGAAAGUAGUCAUAACCUUAGUUAAGCAUUAAAAAAUAUUUAAAUGCAAUAAUCACUUUUCACAUCUAUUGAAAAAGGAUAUUCACCUAAUAAAAUUGAAGAAAUAUUAGAUAAAGACCCUAAAAAGUAUACUCUUAUUAUUUAUCAAGAUAUUUCUAUGAUCAUAAAAGUGAAUUUUGUUUAGCUAACAAAAAAAAUUAAAAAGGAUUAACACCUUUAUAUGUAGCAGCUUAACUAGGACAUCUUGAAAUAUGUAAAAUUUUAAUCGAGAAGGGAGCCAAUCCUUAAAUAUGUGUAUCAAUAAAUGGAAUAGAAGAAACUCCAUUAGAAGUUGCUUAAAGAUGGAGACAUUUAAAUAUUGUUCACUUUUUAUAACUAUAAAAUUGA